UACAUACGGCGUCAGUAAACAGCCACGACUUCCCUCUUGCUUCCACACACACCACGUACACUGAACUGAACGGUGCACGGAUCCACAGUCGUUGUAAACACAUAAUCCAUGGCGUCCCACCCUGCAGAGCGCCUCGGCGCCCUCAAGGCCUUCGACGACACCAAGGCCGGCGUCAAAGGCCUCGUCGACGCAGGCGUCACCGCCGUCCCCUCCAUCUUCCACCACCCGCCCGAACCCCUUCCCCUGGACGAGUCUCCACCUGAUCGCCAUGGGCAGCAGCAGCACUUCACCAUCCCGGUCAUCGACCUCGCGGCCGGCGACCGAGCCGGGCUGGUGGCCCAGGUGAAGGCGGCCGCGGAAACCGUGGGCUUCUUCCAGGUGGUGAACCACGGCGUGCCGGAGGCGGCCAUGUCGGACAUGCUCGCGUGCGUGCGCCGCUUCCACGAGUCACCCGCGGAGGCCAAGGCGCCGUACUACAGCAGAGACCCCGGGCGGCGCGUGCGGUACCAGAGCAACUUCGACCUCUUCCAGUCGCCGGCGGCCAGCUGGCGCGACACCCUCUUCAUGGAGACGGCGCCGGCGCCGGAGGAGGCCCCACCAGAGUGCAGGGCCGUCGCGCUCGAGUACAUGAGACUGGUGCGGGAGCUCGGGCGCGCUCUCCUCGAGCUGCUGUCGGAGGGGCUGGGCCUGGACCCGAGGUUCCUCGAACAGGAGUGCCUGGACGGGCACGGGCUUACCGUGGCGGGGCACUACUACCCGGCGUGCCCGGAGCCGCGGCUCACCAUGGGCACCACCCGCCACUCCGACCCCAGCUUCAUCACCGUGCUCCUCCAGGAUGCCGUCGGCGGCCUCCAGGUCCUCGUCGACCGCCUUGACGAAGACGGCAACAAGCAGCCUGCGGCGUGGGUGGAUGUGCCGGCAGUGCCUGGGGCGCUAGUGGUGAACGUCGGCGACUACCUGCAGCUGGUGUCUAACGACAGGUUUAAGAGCGUGGAGCACCGCGUGGUGGCCAGCGGCGUGGGGCCCAGGGUCUCCGUCGCCUGCUUCUUGCGGACAGACACGUCAACAAAGGUGCUCACGCCGAUGGUCACCGGCGACCAUGGCGAGGCGCGGUACAAGAGCACCACGGUGGCGGAGCUCGUGAAGCACUACAGGGCCAAGGGUCUCGACGGCACAUCUUCACUCCAACACCUCAGGGUCUGAAUGAAUCUGAAUGUGCGCUAGUAUCGUUUACCUCGUGUGUUCAUAUCCUAGCUUCUGAAGGAUGCAAUCCGGCCGGUGGAAUUGUCAUGCAAACACCAGAAAAUGAUCAAUCAUGUUGCCUAGUUCAAUAA